UCUCAACUCAAUCCGCCAAAUCAGAACCGCACACCUCACCAGCAUCUCCUUCACAACUAUGGAUCCCUUCGGCGCCGAAGGCGAACUGGUCAACAUCCACACGGCAUUCGUCCAAGGCCAAUACCAAUCCGUCCUCUCCGACUACGAACCCUCCUCCUUCUCCGACAGCAAUAAACUCCCCAUCCAAGUCCUCCAAUACCGCGCCCAACUCGCCCUGGGACAACAUUCCGAAGUCCUCAAAGCCAUUCCCGCUUCCGCCGCAAAGCAAAAUCCCGACCUCGCCGCCGUGCGGACAUUAGCAACCUACCUCUCCAAACCCAGCGAGUCCGUCGUCACGGAAGCCGAAUCCCUCUCCGAAUCCGCCGGUGACAAUCUCUCCGUCCAACUCCUCUGCGGCACCGUCCUCGCCCGCGCGGGGAAACAAGAGCAAGCGAUUCAACUCCUCUCCAAACACCAGGGAUCCCUCGACGCCGUCGCGAUGAUCGUACAAAUACACCUCUCUCAGAACCGGACAGACCUCGCCUUGAAGGAAGCCAAGUCCGCGCGGAGUUUCGCCCAAGAUGCACUGCUGGUCAACCUGGCCGAGUCCUGGAUCGGCAUGCGACAGGGAGGAGAGAACUACCAGAAAGCCUUCUACGUGUUUGAAGAACUCGCACAAGCUCCUUCCUCCGCCGCGGCGACAUCAUUGGUGGCUCAGGCGGUGAGCGAACUACACAUGGGUCGUGUAGAAGAGGCGGAAACGGCAUUGAACCAGGCCUUGACGCUCGAGCCGGAGAACAGCGCGGCGAUUGCGAAUAAACUGGUGUUGGACACGAUUGCGGGGAGGGAUACGCAGGAGUUGAGGACGAAGUUGGAGAGCUUGGAGAAGGAGCACGAGAUGUUGGUGGAUUUGCAGGCGAAGAGGGAAGCGUUUCAGGCGGCUACGCAGAAGUAUACGCCCAAGUUUGCGGAUUGAUUCACAUGACAUUUGGAC